AUGCCAGCCGUGGCGCUCCUGCUGUGUCUCUGCGUUCCGCUGUCCACUGCGUUUUAUUUCCACGCAGGGGAGCGGGAGGAGAAGUGCAUAAUAGAGGACAUCCCGAGCGACACGCUGAUCACAGGCACUUUCAAGCUUCAGCUGUGGGACCUGCACAGACAGGCCUUCCUGGAGUCGGCCCCCGGUCUGGGGUUGUUUGUGACUGUCACAACCUACAACGAGGAGGUGUUGCUGUCCGCGCUCUAUGGCCCACAAGGAACGUUCUACUUCACUUCCCACUCGCCUGGGGAACACAUCAUUUGCUUGGUGUCCAAUUCGACACGGCUCCUGUCGUUCGGAGGCAGCAAACUGCGGAUCCACCUGGAUAUUCGAGUAGGGGAACACAACCUGGACGAAGUCAUCACUCAAGCAAAGGACCGGGUUAAUGAAGUCACCUUCAAGCUGGAGCAUCUGAUGGAGCAAAUCGAGCAGAUACUCAAGGAGCAGAACUAUCAAAGGGACCGCGAGGAGAGCUUCCGCGUGACCAGCGAGGGCACACACAGCCACGUGCUGUGGUGGGCCUUCGCGCAGACGCUGGUGCUGCUCUCGGUGGGCGUCUUCCAGAUGAAGCACCUGAAGGACUUCUUCAUCGCCAAGAAACUGCUGUAA